AUGAGUGGGUUCAACGUGAAGCUGCCAGCGCGCAAGACGCCCGUGCGCCCACCGUCCACCUUGUCCCCAGACGACAGGGUCGGAUGGCUCAUCCUACCAGAAAGUGGACCGGAGCAAGUUGACUCGCAGCUGGUGGAGAUUGUCAAGGAUCUUGGCAGAGGCACCUUUGCCCAAGUGCGCUUGGUCAAGUACAAAUCACACCUCAUGGCACGCAAGGAAUUGAAUGCAUUUGAGGCCGUCGCCAACGCCCGUGAAACCAUUCGCAGGGAGAUUGACGUGCUCCGCGAAUCCAACGAAUGCCCGCAGAUUGUGCGCUUCUUCGGCGUUUGCGAAGACAACAGCAUGGUGCAGUUGUUUCUUGAGUACAUGGAUGUGGGCAGUCUCAGAUCAAUCCUCAACGGAGCGGGGCGUGCGGGUGUACCGUCGGAAGCGCUGCUGUUCAUUGCACACCAAGUGCUAAAGGCCCUCGCAUUCCUCCACACCCACCUCUCUGUUGUCCACCGCGAUGUCAAACCAUCAAACGUCCUCAUCAACUCUCGCGCACAGGUGAAGAUAUGCGACUUUGGCAUCAGCAAGAAGAUCAGCCGCUCUGCUGCGGACACAUAUGUGGGCACAUUCCAGUACAUGGCGCCCGAGCGCAUCACGCGGGAUCAGAGCGCGGAGGAGGAGGAGACGCCACGCGAUUUCAAGAGCGACGUCUGGAGUCUUGGAUUGACGCUGUGUGAGGCCGGGCAUGGCUUCUACCCAUAUCCGGAUGCGCGGGCACAACUUGCGCAGCUGACCAACAUCGUGCACGGGCAGGUGCCUCGCCUCUACUCCCCAGCGCACGCAUUCGACCUCGCACACAUCACCGCCCAAUGCCUGAGUAAAGAUCCCAGCGAACGACCGAGCUGCCAAAGCUUACUGGACGCUUUCGAGCAUGUGUGGGUGACGUCGCGGCCCGAUCACUGUGAAGGGUUCCUCCAACAUCCAGCUGCGCCUGUGGAUAUGGUCAGCAGCCGCAGCCUGCGUGCUGUGCGCACCCACGAGCAACCACCAUCAUCAUCAUCAUCGCGCUCCACCCGCCUCCAUCGACCAACACCCCUCACCAUGGCUAGGGUGAUGACCACGUGCCUCUUCCUUGCCUUGCUCUGCAGCCUCUCUUCCCCAAGCCAUGCCUCCGCCUCUGUUUCCGUGGCGGCACCGUCGUGGAAGCUCUGUCGUGCCGUUGAGCGCACGCUGCUGGACAUGGCCGGCAUUUUGCAGGAGAGCAACACCCCAUACACCACAGCAGCAAACGCCACAGACCAUGGCAUCGCUGCUCGGGUGGACCUGAGCCCUGUGCAGCACAUGUGGCACGCCUUUGGCUGCCAAGGAGAUCAAGAACAAGAAAACCAAGAACAAGCAGGAGAGCAAGCAGAACGGCAACAACAACAACAACAACAACAACAACAACAACAACAACAACAACAACAACAACAACAACAACAACAACAACAACAACAACAACAACAACAACAACAACAACAACAACAACAACAACAACGACAACGACAACAACGACAACAACAACAGCAGCAGCAGCAGCAGCAGCACCGCGUGCCUCCCUUGACUGCUGAUGACAUUGACGAGGCCGAGUUUGCGCCUCCAAAAAGCUCUCGCAUGCGAGAGAGACCGAAACCCAGUUCCAGCACCGCUUUCACCCCGCGUCGAAUGCACCUUCCGCUUCGCAUUCGUCGCGAAGCAAACGGCACCACAACGGCGGCGCCCGCGGCCGACACCAACGCCACAACCACUGCACCACAAAACGGCACAGUGCCUGUGACGACACCAGCGAUAACAACCACGACCACCACAACCGCGACAUCAUCCGCCGUGGUCCCAAUAGGCCCGCACCAGUGCUUCCUCUCCGAUGUCAUCAACGGCACAUGUGAAGGCCCCACAACGAUGGGCCGCCUCACCAUCAUCAUCGACUUUGUGGAUCAGAUGCCGGCUGCGGUGCCGUUCCCCGCCACGUUUGACGGCGUGGCACACCUCGUGGUACGCGGUGACGUCGAGCUGCCAACGCUGCAGUGGCUGCUCACCGUGCACACGUGGCCAACCGUCACGCACCUGACCAUCACCGGCCUGCAGUCGGCAACAUUCAGCCUGGACACGCUCAACCCCCUCCCGAACCUGAUCAGGCUGGACCUGAGCCAGAACGAGCUGCUCACCCUGCACAGCGCCAACUUCGCAGCCGCACCCCAGCUCCGGUCCCUGGACCUCAGCUCAAACGCGUUCACCACGCUGGACGAGGCCUUGCUUGCAGGCAUGACGUCGCUAGACACGCUCCUGAUCAACAACAACCGCCUGCGCCGCAUUGGCGCAAACACGCUCGGGAACCUGCCCGCUCUCACCACGCUGCAGCUCCACAACAACCACAUCACCAGCAUUGACGCCAAGGCGUUUGUACAGCUCACAUCGCUCAUCAACCUGGACGUCGGAGUCAACGACCUCACCUCACUCGCGUCGUCCACCUUCGACGCCCUGCACCAGCUGCAGGAGUUGCGGCUCGACACCAACCCGCUCACGCGCCUGCCAAACGCCGUGUUUGAUCAUCUGUCCCAGCUGAAGUCCCUGCAGCUCUCCAACACGCACCUCAACGGCCUGCCCAAGGACGCCUUUGCUCACACGCCCCUGCUGGAGACACUCAACCUGUACCAGAACCACAUUUCAAAACUGCGCGAUGACGUGUUCAGCGGCCUGUUUAUGCUGCAGUCCCUGGACCUCGGCGACAACCACAUUCACUCCCUGCCGCCCGUAGUCUUCAGAGACCUGGUCAACGUCACCAACCUGCUGCUUGACGACAACCCGCUUGGCCAGCUGCACCCGCUGCUCCUGCACACGUGCACGCGGCUGGAGCGCAUCUUCCUGCAGCGCGUUGGUCUUCGCCACCUGCCGGAUGAGCUGUUUGCACACACGCCACGCAUCCGCACCAUCUCCCUCAACGAGAACCGGCUCACCACCGUCGACACGGCCCUCAACAACCUGACGGCCCUCAACUUCCUCCCGCUCUCCGACAACCACCUGACGCGCUUUGCCCCGCACCUGCCCGGCCUGCUGGUGCUGGAUCUCUCGGACAACCCGCUCAAGACUGUGCCGGACCUCUCUGCCGCCACCAGCCUCAUCACGCUGCGCAUGCGCAACCACCGCAUCCCGCAAGUGGACAUCACCCCCUUGCUUGCGUUCCGGCUCAUUGGCGUGCUGGAGAUGGACUCUGGCCUGCCACGUGGCAGCAAGGCCACCGUGCAUGCAGGCAACCUGGGCCCUGGCGAUGCACAGAUGCUGCGCACGCUCAGCAUCACCAACACGGACAUGAGCGACGUGCUGCACGCUGUUGGCGACAUGCUCACGCUGCGGCUGACCACGCUGCAUGUCGGGUGGCGCGACAUGAGCGAGAAGACGUUCCCGCUGCAGGACGUGUGCGGUUGGCUGGACGCCAACGUGCGUGAGUUUACCCUUGCCCACUCCCAGUACACCAGCAUCAGCCUGUGCGACAACAAGGACUUUGACUCGGUGUUUCUGCAGGAGAACGUGCGCCUGCGCUCUCUGUUUGUGCACGACCACCUGAAACAACUCAACGUGUCUGGCUGCGCUGUGCUUGAGGAAGUGUUUGUGCCCUCUGUGGACGCCAUAGACAUCAGCCGCACCAGUAUUCACCCGACAAUUGCCCUGUGCACGCGCUGGGGCCGUACCAUGCUCUUUGCCCGCGAACUCGUCAGCGUGGAGUUUGAGGCGCCCCAUGCCAUCCGGCAGCUGCUCUCCCAGUGCCUGGCGCGGGUGCAGGUGCUUGAUCUCUCUGGCAACAGCUGGCUGGACACCCCCGCCACCAUCGCCGCCGUGGCUGCGCGGCCGAUUGUGCUCUCCACAGACUCGUUCAGCACGGUGGACGGCACCCAGCUCAUCUCCCGCGUCAACCCGCCCCUGUUCCAGCUUGCAAACGCCCCCAUCCGCUGCAGCCUGCGCCUGGGCAACGACAACGUGCGCCUCAACGACGGCUCGACAUUCACGCUCUCCACAGAGAUUACGUUCUUCUUCGAGUGCGCGUGUGCGCAGCGCCACCGGCUGACGGCGAGCGGGCGGUGCGAGCCGCGAGAGGCAAACGUGCUGGCCAUUGUCGCCGCGUCCGUGCUUGCAAGCUUGGCCGUGCUCAUUCCGCUGCUGGUGUGGGUUUACCGCCGCUACAGACGCGCGCACGUGAGUGACGACUUGCACAAGCAGCUGCUGGUGGAACGUGACGAGGAGGUGCAGGCGCUGAAGAAGGCGUGGGAGAUUGGUUACGAUGAGCUGAGGCUGAUCAAGCGAGUGGCCGCGGGUGCGUUUGGCACGGUGUUCAAGGCAGAGUGGGACUCUGUGACGGUGGCGGUGAAGGUGUUACAACGGGCAGCGAUUGAGUUUGAUGACACAACGGUGUUUGAGUUUGAGAAGGAGGUGGAGUUUCUGCAGCGCACACGGCACCCGCACGUGGUGCGGUUCUUUGGCGCGGGCACAGACCCCAACGGCAGCCCGUUCCUGGUGCUUGAGUAUGUGGCGAUGGGGUCGCUCAAGGACCUGCUGGGGAAGGACAUGGAGAAGGUGUUGCGCGAGUAUGUGCGCGGGCAGCUGAUGGCGAGGGACAAAAGCAGCAAGGGCGAGGAGUACGAUCUUAUGCCAGACACGGCAGCCCUGCUCGCCCCGAACCGCGGCAGCAUUGGAGGCGGUGCUGGCGGUGAGGUGUACACCACCAGCACAACCGUGCCCGAAUUCAAGCUGCAGCUCCUACGCGAUGUCGCAGGCGGCAUGGCGUUUAUCCACAGCCUCGGCCACGUCCACAGAGAUCUGAAGAGCGGAAAUGUGCUCGUGUCCAGUCAUCUGCGAGCGAAGAUUGCGGACUUUGGAUCCAUCCGCCAGUGCCUGACGCGCCCACGCUCUAAGUCCACGUUUGCCGUUGGCGGUGGCGAUAGUGUUGCUGUGUUCUCCAGCAGUGACCGGGCAUACACGCAGGAGGCCGGCACCGCAACAAUGCACCUGAGCAUGACGGCCGGUGUGGGCACGCCACUGUACAUGGCACCGGAGGUGUUGGCUGGCGGGCAGUACGAUGCCAAGGCGGACGUGUUCAGCUUUGGCGUGCUGAUGUGGGAGGUGGCGACACAGCGCACCCCCGAUUUGAUUGCGCAGGAGCAUGGCCCCAGCUUCAAGGGCCCCAUGCUCGCUGCCUUGUACAACCUCUUGAUGGACGGCAGGCGCCUGAAAUACGACGGCCACGGUGUUGACCUUCCACAGUGGUACCGGGAUCUGACGUGCAAGUGCAUGGAGCAAGACCCAGCCCGCCGCCCGACAUUCGCAAAGCUCGAGGCAGACUACCUCCUGCUACAGUGA